AUGUCCCCUCUCAAUAGUCACCAGUCCCCGUUUACCAGUAACCAGCCCCGUUCACUAGUCACCAGUCUCAGUUCACCAGUCACCACUCUGUUCAUCGAUCAUUAUCGUUACCUAUUCACCAGUAACCAGUUCUCGUUCUACAGUCACUACUCUCAGAAGUUCCCAUUUACUAGUCACUACUCCCCAUUCACCAGUCACUGUUUAGCAGUUACCAGUCACUACUUUUUGUUCACUAAUGACCAAUCCCUGUUCAAUAAUUACCACUUCCCAUUUAACAGUCACCAGUCCCCAUUCACCAGUUUCCAGUCCCCAUUCAACAGUUACCAGACCUCGUUCACCAAUAACAAGUCACUACUCUCCAUUCACCAGUCACCAGUCCACCUUUCACCAGUCCUCUUUCACUGGUCACCUAGUCCCAGUUCACUAGUUCCUAGUUCCCGUUCACCAUCACCAGUCAGUACCCCUACACCAAGCCAUUCAAAGGUCACCAGUAACCGGUCACCAUUCACUAGUCACCAGUCUCAGACACCAGCCCUCUUCACCUGUCACUACUACACACCAGUUCCCCUCUACAGUCACAAGUCCCUGUUCACCAGUCACUAUUUCCCAUUCAUCAGCCACCAGUCCCUGUUUACGAUCACAACUCCACGUUUAACAGUCACCAGUCCCUAUUCACCAGUCACCAGACCCUGUUCUCCACUUAACAUUUCCCAUUCUCACAAGUCCACAUUCAACAGUUACCAGUCACUAGUCCCAGUUCACCAGCUACCAGUCCUUAUUAACCAGUCACCAGUCCCAGUUCACCAGUUACUAAUUCCCAUUCACCAGUUACCAUUCCCAGUUCAUCAGUCCCCAUUCAUCAGUUACCAGUCCUCGUUCUCCUGUCAACAGUCCACGUUCUACAGUCACAAGUCCUCAUCCACUAGUCCCUGUUCACCAAGUCCCCAGUCCCCGUUCACAAAACACUACUACCCGUUCACCAGUCACCUGUCUCAAUUCACUAGUCAUCAUUCCCUUUUCACCAGUCACAAGUCCCUAUUCACCAGUCACUUGUUCACCAGUCUCCCCAUUCACCAGUCACCAUUCCUUGUUCAGCAGUCAAUGGCCCCCAAUCUCCGGCUACUUGUCCCUGUUCAACAGUUACCAGUCUCCAUACACUAG